UUCUCCAAACUCCCAUACUCGAGCAAAGCAUAUACAACAACUUUACACAGAUCCCAGGCAGCAGACAGAAUACUACAGGAUGAGGGUGGCUGUGAUCGGAGGUGGGAUUCGAGGGCUGGUUUCAGCCUAUGUUCUUGCCAAAGCAGGCGUUAACGUGGUGGUCUACGAGAAAGGGAAGCAAUUUGGUGGCCAUGCCAGGACUGUUAACUUCCAUGCCAUUGAUUUAGACCUUGCCUUCAUGUUCCUCAAUCCAGCAAAGCAUCCAAACGUGUUGGAUUUCUUUACUGGCCUUGGGGUUGAUGUGGAGACAUCUGAUGUUUCAUUUUCUGUGAGCCUUGACAAUGGUCAAGGCUACGAAUGGGGCAACCAAAAGGGUUUCUCAAGCUUGUUUGCACAGAAGAAGAAUGUGUUCAAUCCUUACUUUUGGCAAAUGCUUAGAGAAAUUAUCAGGUUCAAGGAUGAUGUUGUUAGUUAUCUUCAAGAGCUUGAGAACAAUCCCGACACUGGUUGUAAUGAAACCAUGGGACAGUUUAUCGAGUCACGGGGCUACUCCGAAUUAUUUCGGAAGGCUUAUCUUGUCCCAAUAUGUUGUUCAGUAUGGUCCUGCUCUGCGGAAGAAGUCAUGAGCUUCUCAGCUUUCUCUACUCUUUCAUUUUGUCACACUCAUUAUCUGUAUGAGAUUUUGGGCCGGCAGCAAUGGCUGACUGUCAGAGGGUUUUCAAAGUUGGAAAAUAAGGUUAAAGACUUGCUGGAGAGUGGAGGUUGUCAAUUAAGCAUUGGUUGUGAGGUGCAUUCUGUUUUGACUGCUGAUGAUGGUCGCACUAUAGUAUGUAGUGGAGAUGAUUUCCAGGAAGUGUAUGAUGGAUGUAUGAUGGCUGUUGAUGCUCCAACUGCUCUGAGGUUAUUAGGAAACCAAGCAACAUUCGAUGAAUCGAGAAUACUUGGUGCAUUCCGAUAUGCCUACAGCGAUAUUUUCCUUCAUCAUGAUGAUAAUUUAAUGCCCAACAAUCGAGCAGCCUGGAGUUCAUUGAACUUUCUCAGAAGUGCAGAAAAUAAAGGAUGCUUAACAUACUGGCUUAACAUGCUGCAGAAUGUUGGCAAAACAACAUUGCCAUUUCUUUUAACUCUUAAUCCAGACUCUACACCAAAGCAUACCCUGCUUAAGUGGUCAACUAGCCGCCUAAUCCCCUCUGUUGCUGCAUCAAAAGCUUCACUUGAGCUGGAAGAGAUUCAGGGCAAGAGAGGAAUCUGGUUCUGUGGCUAUGACUUUCAUGGGGAUGCAGUUGAGGCUGGUUUGAUUGCUACAUAUGGUAUCCUUGGAAAGCGUAACUCUGUCCUCAACAAGCCAGAAAACAUGGCACCCUCACUCCUGGAAAGAGGGGCACGCCUUUUUGUUACUAGGUUCCUUCGACAAUUUAUAUCAACUGGCUGCAUAAUCUUGCUAGAGGAAGGUGGCGGAGUUUUCACUUUUAAGGGAAACAUGAAUAAGUGUUCUCUUAAAACUGUUCUCAGAGUGCACAGUCCCCAAUUUUACUGGAAGGUUAUGACAGAAGCUGAUUUAGGACUUGCAGAUGCAUUUAUGAAUAGAGAUUUCUCUUUUGUUGAUAAAGAAGAUGGCCUUCUGCAUCUCUUAACGAUACUCAUUGCUAAUAGAAACUUUGAACACUCUGUUUCAAGACUGAAAAAGAAAAGGGGUUGGUGGACACCUCCACUGUUCACAGCUGGUUUAGCAUAUGCAAAGUAUUUCUUCAAGCAUGUCAUGAGGCAAAACAAUCUUAUGCAAGCUCGUAGGAACAUCUCUCAGCAUUAUGAUCUGAGCAAUGACUUCUUUUCUCUAUUCUUGGACGAAACAAUGACAUACUCCUGUGCAGUGUUUAAGAAGGAAGAUGAAGAUCUCAAAGUUGCUCAGAAGAGAAAGAUUUCUGUUCUGAUUGAAAAGGCAAAAAUUAACAGUAAGCAUGAGAUUCUUGAGAUUGGAUUUGGUUGGGGAAGCUUAGCUAUUGAGGUUGUAAAGCUAACAGGAUGCAGAUAUACUGGCAUCACUUUGUCCGAGGAGCAACUAAAAUUUUCAGAAAAGAAAGUAAAGGAAGCUGGACUUCAGGACCACAUUAAGUUUGAACUUUGUGACUAUCGGAAAUUACCGAGCAGCUACAAGUGUGACAGAAUUAUAUCUUGUGAAAUGAUAGAACAUGUUGGCGAUGAGUACUUGGAGGAAUUUUUUGGUUGGUGUGAAAAAGUGUUGACAGAAGAUGGCCUUCUUGUCUUACAGUUCUCAUCAACAUCAGAUGAAGGCUAUCAUGACUACAGGCAUACUUCAGAUUUUCUCAAGGAAUACAUAUUCCCUGGUAUAUGUCCACCUUCAUUAGGUCGGAUAUCAUCAGCCAUGGCUGCUACAACCAGACUCUGCGUGGAGCAUGUGGAAAACAUAGGAAGCCAAUACCACCGAACUGUGAGAUUCUGGAAAAAUAAGUUAUUGGACAAUAAGAGCAAAAUUGUUGCUUUGGGAUUCAACGAGGAGUUCAUUCGAAUGUGGGAAUAUUAUCUUGAUUAUGUGGCAGCUGGUAUGAAUUCAAGGACACAUUUGAAUUAUCAGGUUGUUUUUUCGCGUCAUGGAUACCCUGCAGCACCCGGCAAUCCAGACAAAGGUUUUUCUUCAGCACUAGACUGAUUACUUCUCUGAAAGGGGACCAAACUUCUGCAUCGAAAGCUGGUCGAGCUGUGGCUACUUCUUUUCUCCUUUCUGUCUUUAAAUUUACAUCCAUCAGCUGCUGCAAAGAGGAAUAAAUGGCUACAGUACGAUACCAUACAUCAGACUUAGUAGCCAUAAGUUUCAGUAAACUUGUUAAAUUACAUUCUGUUAGAAGCAAAAAUAGCUUUUGCCACAUAAAGACUGUUAAGAUUUUAUUGCACCGAUGGACGUACUCGGUCUUCAAAAUCAUAUAUCAAUAUUACACUGAAGU